CCUCUCACUUUCCUGGUUGGUGGAGGGGAAAGUCAACCCCAAAGGGUUAAAAGCGAAGAGAUAUUGGCUUCCUAGAGAGGCAAUGAGGAAGGAGAGUCCUCCCAGCUCCCUGGGAUAGUCCUGAGAUGGGUUUUUGAAUUUCCUUUUGGUGCAGAAAACAAGAGAGGAGAGCAAGAUCCAGCCUGGAAAAGCCGGAAGCUCUUGCGCCUCCGUAGAUCACCGGAAUUAAUUCUGGAAUUUCCCGCUCGGUUUUUGUUCCCUCUUCCGUGAACGCUCUCAAAUAUGAAAAGGGGGGAUCAGACCCCCACAGGACCAACAUCGGGAGAGGCGAAGGCCCCUCACGUCCUCCAAGCUGGGAACAUCCGAGAAUUCCUGAGACGGAUGCCGGGGGAUCAGAUCAAGCAAGAGCCAAGCGAGAGCUCCCUUGAGCUCUGGGAAGUCCAGUGGCAGGAGUUCCUGAAGACGGUGGAGUCUCCUCAUCCGGACUGGGGCACCCCAGCCUUUCCAGAGACGUCCUCGCCGUGGGACGACGCCAAGGGUUUCCUGGCCUCCUUCGAGCAGGUGGCCCAAGCCUGCCAGUGGCCCCGGGAGGAGUGGGUGGCCCGACUCCUGCCGGCCCUCAGCGGGGAAGCCGAGCGGGCCUUCCUCAGGCUCCAGGCUCGAGACAGAGAGGAUUAUGGGAAAGUGAAGGCGGCCAUCUUGCGAGGGGACGCCAUGAGCCGGGAGAAGAUCCGCCAGCAUUUCCGGCGCUUCUGCUACCAGGAGGCCGAGGGGCCGAGAGGGGCGUACGUCCGGCUCCAGGAACUCUGCUGCCAGUGGCUGAAAUUCAAAAGGCACUCCAAGGAGCAGAUCCUGGAGCUGCUGAUCCUGGAGCAGUUCCUGACCAUCCUGCCAGUCCACAUCCAGAGCUGGGUGAGGGAGUGCGGCCCAGAGACUUGCUCCCAGGCGGUGGCCCUGGCUGAGGACUUCCUUCUGAGGCAGGAAGUGGCCCAGAGGCAAGAAAGCCAGGUGGCGUUUGAUGAGGUGGCUGGGAGUUCCUCCGAGGAAGGCCAGGGUCCGUCCCUGAACAAGCAGAGGCUUCUCUGCAUUGACACCAAGCAGGAAGAUGACGACGGAGAAGCUGGCCUGCUGGCGGCCAAAGGUUGGGUGGCCAUCUGCAACGGGGAAGAAUACGAGGCAGAAGAUUCUGAGGCAGAGUGUCCGCACGGGACAUCGGUGUGGAAAACUGAGGAAAGCUUUUCCGAGCGUUGUGCGCAAGAAAAUGCCUCAGCAUGCCAGGGAAGAACAGAGGGCCGUCAGGAGAAGCUGGUGGCAGAGGAAGUCGAGGGGUUGGGUUGCCUGACCCCCACAGAAACCCCGGCUGCAGUCCCGGUAGGAAUCGACACCAACCGGAAACGGACCGCCUGUGGUUCUUAUGGCCGGAACGCCAUCCUCCCGGUGAGAACUCGGAUGGGGGUGAAGCCGGUAAAAUGCCAAGUCUGCGGGAAGUACUUCCUUUGCAGUGCAAAGCUCCUCGUCCAUCAAAGGACCCACGCCGGGGAGAAGCCCUACAAGCGCCUGCAUUUCUCUGGUGCCCAGCACAUGGGCUCCCCCGGCACCGGCCAACCCCCCGUCCUCCACAAGAUGGCUCCCCACCGCAUCCGUGGACAGCGGUGGGAAGGGAAGGAAGUUGUGGCCUUGCUGAGCAGCAUCAAAGCCAGCCCCGCCCUGGCCCUCCUGAUGAGCAGCAGCUCCCAAAGGGGGCACCAGCACUGGGAGAGGAUCAGGGACCAGCUCCAGGCCCAGGGCUUCGUCAGGAACAUCGACCAGCUCCGAUCGAAGUGGAAACAGCUGAAGACGGACUUUUUUGCAGCCGGGCGGCCUGCCGCGGAAGGGAGGGAGAAGCCUGCGGUCACCCCCCCGUAUUUCAACCGGAUGCGGGCCGUGUGGGACGCAGCGGGACGCCCCGCCUUCAAGGACCGACACCUCCCAGCUUCUUACCGAGCCCGGAGGCGUGAGCUGGAGAGAUGUGAGGAAGACGACGAGGACGACAAUGAGUUACAAGUUGACCAGUUGGUGGUCCUUGAAAUCAGGGGUCUCUUGAUGCAGCUGACUUUGUCUCCUGAGAAGCAGCUGCCGCUUUUUCCUGUAGUGGGGGAAAAGGGGGAGCGGGUGAAUUGCCUUGCCUUGGAUUGCCUUGCUUUGCCUCUGCAGGAAGACUGGAGAAAAAAGGCAGAAGCUGCAGAAAGGCCCAGCCAAGGAGUGCACAUUUGCCCAGGGAUGAAGACGGAGGAGGAAUAUCCUGCAGCCUGGGGUGAAAGAGAGGAACUGGAGGGAACAGGAAAAGCCGCUCAUGCCCUCUUGAACGCUGGAGGCCGCAAACCCAGGAUGGAUUUGGGGACACAGAGUGAAUUCCCCAAAGCCAGGCAUCCGGGGAACGCCGAGGGAUUCCUAGAAAGGGGGACCCCACAUCGCGUGAAGGAGGAAUCAGAAGAGGGCUUGGCCCAUUGCUGGGAAGCCCAGUGGCAGGAGUUUUUGAGGACGGUGGAGUCCCCUCACUCGGAAUGGGGAGCCCCCCAGUUGCCGGAGGAGCCCACCCCCUGGGACGACGCCAAGGGCUUCCUGGCUUCCUUUGAGCAAGUGGCCCAAGCCUGCCGGUGGCCCAGGGAAGAGUGGGCGGCCCGACUCCUGCCGGCCCUCAGGGGAGAAGCCGAGUGGGCCUUUGAGAGGCUGGACGCCAGAGAGGAUUAUGGGAAAGUGAAGGCAGCCAUAUUGAGAGGGGACUCCCUGAGGAGGGAGAAGCUGCGCCAGCACUUCAGGGAUUUCUGCUACCAGGAGGCCGAGGGGCCCAGCAGCGCCUACAGCCAUCUCCAGGAGCUCUGCCAGGGGUGGCUGAAAGUGGAGAGGCACUCAAAGGAGCAGAUCCUGGAGCUGCUGAUCCUGGAGCAGCUCCUGGCCAUCCUGCCAGCGGAGAUCCAGAGCUGGGUCAGGGAUCGGGGCCCGGAGACCUGCUCCCAGGCGGUGGCCCUGGCAGAAGGUUUCCUGUCGAGGCAGCGGGAGACUCGGGUCAAUCUGGAAAGCCAGGUGGUCUUUGAGGAGAAGGAGGAGGUGGUGGUGGCAGCUGCAGGUUCUUCCAUUUCUGGCCAGGCGCCACCUGAGGCUGGGGAGAAGCAGCCGCAUGCAGGGGCCAAGCAGGAAGAGGACGAGGAGGACCUGCUGGAUGGUGGUGUAUGGGAGAGCGAAGGUGAAAGUGAACCUUGCAGGACCUCCUCAGAAGCAGGCCAGCAGGAGGCAUUGAAAGAGAACUUCUGGAAUCAAGAUGGAUCGAAGAGGCCAGAGGGAAUCCACGUGGAGAAGGGUGGAGAUAAAGCAAUUCCUUGCCAGGACGGAGACUUCCAUGAAAUUGUAGUUCAAGAAGAACAACAAGCAGAGAAGAGGAGGAGCAAGUGCCUCAGUGCACAUUGGAGAAUCCACACCGGGGAGAAAACCAACAAAGGCUUAAAGUUUGGGAAGAGCUUCAGCCAGCACAGAAGCGUCACGGAAUAUCAGGUGCUCCACUUGGGGGUGAAGCCGUAUAAAUGCUUGGAAUGUGGAAAGAGCUUCAGUCAGAGCACACAUCUCACGUCACAUCAACGCAUCCACACAGGGGAGAGGCCAUACAGCUGUUCGCACUGCAGCAAGAGCUUCAACCAGAGCACUAGCCUUAUUCAACACCAGAGAAUUCACACAGGCGAGAAACCGUACAAAUGCGCCGAGUGUGAAAAGAGCUUCCGCCACAGUACGAGCCUUACAUCACAUCAGAGAAUCCAUACCGGGGAGAAACCGUACAAGUGUUCCGACUGUGGGAAGGGGUUUUGUAAUCAGUCUGGCCUUAUUAACCACAAGACAAUUCACACAGGGGAAAGGCCGUAUAAAUGCUUGGAGUGCGGGAAAAGUUUCAGUCAGAGUACGCACCUUACGUCACAUCAGAGAAUCCACACGGGAGAGAGACCAUAUAAAUGCUCGGACUGCAGCAAGACCUUUUGCGACCAAUCAGGCCUUGUUAAGCAUCAAAGGAUUCACACGGGGCAGAAGCCAUAUAAAUGCUUAGCGUGUGGGAAGAGCUUCAGCCAGAGCACAAAUCUUAUUCGGCAUCAGAGAAUUCACACGGGAGGUGAAGCCCCCAUAUUAACUUCCUCGUACUCUUAGCCUAGCAGAUGAGGUCCUGCUCCAACCGUCUUUGGUUUUGAAGACCUGAACAACUGGGCCUCUUCCGUGGUUGCUCCUUUACGGGACUCAUUUGUGGUUUUAUAAUUACUCGGUUAGUUGGAUGGUUUUUAACUGCAUGUUUCCAUUAAUUAGUUUGUAAUGACCUGGAUAGUUGUGUAGAGGGCCUUCUUGGUAGUGGCGCCCUCCAUGCGGAACGCCCUCCCUUCAAAUGUCAAAGAGAUAAAGAAUUACACAACUUUUAGAAGACAUUCGAAAGCAACCCUGUAUCGGGAGGUUUUUAAUGGAUCAAUUUGGUAGCAAAUUCCACUGCCAAACAGCUCUUACUGUCAGGAAGUUCUUCCUAAUGUUUAGGUGGAAUCUUCUUUCUUGUAGCUUGAAUCCAUUGCUCCGUGUCCGCUUCUCUGGAGCAGCAGAAAACACCUUUUACCUCUAUGGCACCUGUGAAAGGUCUCACCAAAUAUCCCAUCAAAAAUCCGCAAAUGUAGGAGAGACUAUUUGUUCUUCCUGCUCAGUUGCUGUUUGUACUGUCUCAGCCUCUCCUACAUUGAACAUGCCCACUUCAAACAUGUCCACAUUUCAUUGGAUGCUGGGAUUAGACACCUGCCCUCCUCCCUGCUCUAAAUAGAGGAGAGGUGCAGAGUUUCUCUCCUAGAGCAAACACUGUGAAUGGCUUGUGUUAUGCGCCCUCCCCCCAACAAUGCCCUGUCCAAUGCAAGCAGUGUGUGUGUGUGUGUGUGUGUGUGUG